GGUUGGUGUCCUGGGCCUGUCUCUCUCCAGACGAUCGAUCGCCAAGCCUCUCCAGCUUAGCCGAGUCCGUCCUGGUCGGGUACAGUUAGGUACCUACAUUCCUGUCAGAUCCCCCAAGCCAACACCCCUGCUAGAUCGUCGUUGUGUCGGACGCCUCGCCGAGUUGAGGCUGUGGGGUGGGCGAGGAUUGGCUGGGUUCCCUUACAGCUCUCUCUGCGAUGCGCCCACGGCCCGGGUGCAGCCCGCUGCAGGUCGGAGUCGGCACGCCGAUUACAUCAUAGCCCUGGUGGACGCGCGUAGCAGUCAGACAGGUUCCCCUCUUCAUCCAUCCUUCACUUCGUCCGUCCCUCUUGACUGACCUCCAUCUCUCAUCACCGCCGUCUUCUUCUCCUCCAGGCCCACGACGAAAUUAUCGGCCCUCUGCAUGAGCCUCAACCCUACGAGCAGUCGCAGCUCACUCGAUCUGCCGCCGCAUCCGCACCAGCCAAACGUGUUCGAACCUCGUCUCAGUCUACCAGCAGCACACCCGAGACCCCCGACGAGGUCUUGCUAGCUCGGUAUUUUACCAGCCGCUCCCCCGAGCCCGAACGUCCUUCAUCUACGGAGAGGUUCAAAGAAGGUAUUCACAAAGUUUUGGAACGAACUCGCUCCCGUCUCGGCAGCAUGUCUGAAAAGCCCCUGGACGUAAUUAAGCGCGCUACCAAAGCUGCCGAUCGCUCUCCGCACUUGCGAAAAAAGAACUUUACGGGUCCCGAUAUGGUAGAUGCUCUUGACACAACCGGAAUCGGCGGUGCCUAUCAUCAUGGUGGUCCCUACGAUGCCACAUUGGCUUCUCGAAACCGAGACAAGCGUUACUCUCCUGUCGAGGCCGUGAAGAAUACCAACCAAGAAGCACUCAGAGCCACUCCUAGGGAGAACGUCAUGGACUCUCUGCAGCACCAUGUGCCGCUUCAAGGAACUGCCACCAUUCCGCCCGGCGAGCGAGACAUGAGCGGUAGAGUCAUGCAAUAUGAAGAGGGGGCUGACCUGAUGAGGGAGAGCGAUGCUCCGGGCGGCGCAUACAAACGCUACGAUCAUGUGCAAUACCAUCCGAACGAUCUGAAAGGCAAGGGUGAGCCCUCCUACAGCAUCGAGGAGGAGCGCAAGAAGCAGAAGCGCCAGCGCCACAAAUCUCUCGACCCACGCGGCGCGUACGAAAUGCAGCCCACCGCCAAGAGCCCAGGCAACGAUAGGAAAAAAAGCGGCCAGGAGCGAGAAAGGAGCUAUAGUCUUGGAUCCGAGAGCCUCUCCUCCGAUCGGAAGGGACAGAGACUCAGCGACAACAUCAAGAGGCGCGUGAGUAGUCUCCGGCAUAAAUACGACGACGUCUAAGAUCGGCAUCCUCUCUUCCCUUUGGUUUGGGUGCCCAUCGCACGAUAACGUGCCCUCGACCAGGCCACUGAUGCCUUUGCCGUGUCUGAUUCUCCUUUUCUCCUCGUUGUUUCCCUUCUGCCUCUUCUCCUAUGAAAAUUUCCUUUUUU